UGCAAUUAUGAGGCUUGCACAGUCUGCGAACGCCUCGCAGAGCAAAACAUUGCGACAUUUUGCUACUGCGCAUACAUCAUCACAUAUCGCUACAAAGCGCGCAAGGCAAAUCCACGCCAUGGGCCAAUCGACCAGCGUGCGCUGGACCAGUGAAAGACCUGACACGGCGAGCGCCGUGGAGCAGGCAAGCGGGGUCACAAGUAGGGUUGCCAACACAGCAGUGCCCAGCCACGGACCCGGAUACGUGAAUUACUUUGCCUAUGGCUCUAACAUGAGCCCGCAGACCCUGACAGGGAGGAGGCAGGUGGUUCCACUGGAAUCCCACGCGGCGUCGCUGCUAGGCUGGACGUUGAGUUUCAGGAUGCUAGGGUUGCCGUACACCGAGCCCGGCUUCGCCACCAUUGAGCGAGUCGUGGGGGCAGCCGGGAGCGGCACAGGUGCGGCCGGCUGUGGAGGCGGCGGCGGCCCGGCGGCGGUGCCGGCGUCUGCAGCCCCCUCAAGUCGCUGGCGGUCCGAGGUUCACGGCGUGCUGCACAAGCUCAAGCCGGCCGACUGGGCCACAGUCAUGGCGACCGAGGGGGUGGGAUCUUCGGACAGCGGCUACAAGGUGGUGGAGGUGGAGGUGAGCCGCUACGAUGGCACCGCUUGCCGCGCUCUGACGCUGGAGGGGAAGGCCGCAUCGCUGCACUCACCGGGGCGUGGGCCUGUGGCGCCCUCGCAGCGCUACCUGGGCCUGCUGCGAGACGGUGCCCGCCACCACCGCCUGGAUCCCGAAUACAUCACUUUCUUGGACUCGUUGCAGCCGUACGAUGGAUCGGGUGUGGCGCCCGCCAUCGGCCGCGCUGCCGCCGUGGCCAUGGCGGCGCCAUUCGCGCUGCCGCUGCUUCCGCCCGUGCUGCUGCUGCGCUACCUGCGCAAGCAGCAGCAGGACCAGCAGCAGGCUCCUGCCGGGUCAGGCGGUGGUGGCGGCAGCGGUGGAUCUGAUGCUGCCGCAACGACGAUCGGCGCCUCUGCUUUGAGCGCGGCCAAGGGCGCGACAGACCUGGCGUCCAAAGCCACUGCCAUGUCCUCGGGUGCGCCGCCAGCCUCGCCAGCGGCAUCGGCUGCCGCCGACAAGGCGGCCGCCGGUCCUAACUCAGACAGCAAGUUUCGCGGCAGUAGCGCCAAUGGAAAGGACAACGGGAGAUCGCAGGCUGUGCCUCAGGAGCUGCUACAGCCGCCGGCCACGAUGCCGGCAGUGAUGGGCAAAUACAUCAAUGCCGUACAGAGCCUGACGUGGCUGGCGCAUGACAUCUUGGCGGCACCGGUUCUGGGCAGCGGCAGUAGCAGCAGUGUGAAGCAGUAGAGGUUUGGGAGCGUGAAUGGUGGUAAGCGAGAUAGGUCUGGCCGCAUAAACAACCUCAGACUGGAUGUCUGAGGUUGACUGGUCGAUAACGCAGGACGACUGGGGAGGAGUGGAGGAGGGGGGGGGGGGGUGGAGGACCAGUGGGCACGUGUGUGGGAUGGGCUGGAACUCUUGUCGUUAUGGCGUUAUUUGGGCGUUCAAUGUGAACAAGUCUGGCGCCAAUGCGUGAGCGCCCUAUGAUGAACCUUCUCUGUUAUUCCUUUCUGUUACAUCGCAUGGGGCACCAGUCGAGUCUCUCCACCUCAAAUGUCCACCAUGGCAGGUGCGGCAGCGUGGAGGUGGGGCAGCAGCAGCAGCCGCGGCAGCCGCAGCAGCAGGAAGUGGAUGGGGAGGACUAGUCCUGAAGGUGGUUGCAGGCGCGAGGCCCCUGUGCUUGGGGUGUUGGUUCUAGGUGGCACACCUGCCUGGACCUGGACCCCUAUACCGUGCGGUGUGGACCUGCUCCUGCUCGGCGCCAUUGACGUCGGGGCCAAAGAGCAUUUCUGAUUAUACGGUAACUCAGAACACGACUUUCUGUCACGUAUUGUGCCAAACGACAUAUUUAGCUCUUCAGCUAUGACUGUAAUUAAACUAGCGUGAGUUC